CUUUGCGGCCAACUAAAUAUACCAGUGCGGUGGAGAGGACCUAGGUAAGUUUUUUUUUUUUUUUCCUUAUUAUUAUUUUGCAAGAGUGCAAUGCAAAAAUGCGGACCCUGGAUGACAUCCUGGAGAGCGUCGGCGAGUUCGACCGGUUCCAAAAGCAGACCUUCUUGGUGCUGUGCUUGCUCUCGGCCGCCUUCACGCCGGUGUACGUGGGCAUCGUGUUCCUGGGCUUCAUCCCCGAGCACCGCUGCRUGAGCCCCGGCGCGGCCGAGCUGAGCCGCCGCUGCGGCUGGAGCCGCGACGAGGAGCUGCGCUACACGGUGCCCGAGUGGGGCCAGCGCGGCGACCCCUUCGCCAGGCGCUGCCGCCGCUACAAUGUCGACUGGAACGACACGGGCCUGGCCUGCAGCGACCCGCUGGCGGCGCCCCGCAACGCCGGCGYGCUGCCCCUCGCCGCCUGCACCCACGGCUGGCUCUACGACACGCAGGGGUCCUCCCUGGUCACRGAGUUUGACCUGGUGUGUGAGGAUUCUUGGAAGCUGGAUCUCUUUCAGUCGUGUGUGAACGCCGGGUUUUUUAUCGGCUCUGUAAACAUUGGCUAUGUAGCAGACAGGUUUGGUCGUAAGUUGUGCAUCUUAACUACCAUACUUGCAAAUACUAUUUGUGGCAUUCUUCUGGUCUUUGUGCCUACCUACCUGUGGAUAUUGAUCUUCCGUUUCCUGCAAGGACUGGUCAGCAAGGGCUGCUGGACUGCGGGCUAUAUCAUGGUCACAGAAGUUGUUGGUCCCAGAUACAGGAGAACAGUGGGGAUUCUCUAUCAGGCGGCCUUCUCAGUUGGACUCCUUCUGUUUGAUGCCAUUGCUUAUGCAAUUCCUCACUGGAGAUGGCUGCAGCUCACGGUUACCCUGCCAAGCUUCUUCUUCCUGCUCUACUACUGGUGCCUACCAGAGUCUCCUAGGUGGCUGAUAUCUCAAGGGAAAAAUGAGAAAGCCAUGAAAAUUAUUAGUGAUAUGGCCAAAAAAAAUCGGAAGAAGAUGCCUUCCCAUCUUGAGGAUAUUAAAUUUGAAGAGGAAGAUGGUGGAAGACAGACCCCUUCCCUCUUUGACCUUGUUAGGACACCACAGAUGAGGAAAAAUACUUUCAUUUUGAUGUACAACUGGUUCACCAGCUCCAUCCUCUACCAGGGCCUCAUCAUGCACAUGGGAAUAGCUGGUGGGAACAUGUAUCUGGAUUUUCUCUAUUCUGCUCUUGUCGAGUUCCCAGCUGCCUUCAUCAUCAUCGCCACCAUUGACCGCGUCGGGCGACGCUACCCAUGGGCUGCAUCAAAUCUGGUGGCUGGAGCUGCCUGCCUUGUCACUGCCCUGAUCCCAGAGGACCUACACUGGCUGAAAGUGAUCGCCGCUUGCAUUGGGCGGAUGGGAAUCACAAUGGCCUUUGAAAUGGUUUGCUUUGUGAACACUGAACUGUAUCCGACGUAUAUCAGGAACCUUGGCGUCAUGGUCUGCUCUGCCCUGUGUGACAUCGGUGGAGUCGUUGCCCCCUUCAUCGUCUACAGGCUGGUGGAGGUGUGGCAGGAGCUGCCCCUGAUAGUGUUCACUGUUCUUGGUUUAAUUGCGGGUGGAUUGGUUUUACUUCUGCCUGAAACUAAAGGAAGAGUUCUGCCUGAGACAGUUGAAGAUGUUGAAAACUUGCACAGGCAAGGAGCUUCAAAGGAGAAACAAAUCUAUCUCCAUGUCCAAACAUCAGAAGCAGCACAUGACUGAAGAAUGCAGGCCUCUUGCUGGGCAGUGUGCUUUAGAGCAGUAGUACUGAAACAGAUUUAAAUAAAUAUCCUCUCUUCUAUCUUCCUUUUUUGCCCAACUAUCCUGUAUUUACAAUGCUUAGAGUUUUCUGAUGAGGUUGUCCCUAUUCCUGCAUAUUUUUGAUUUUGUCUGCAUAUUAUAAUAUAAAUAUAUUUGG